UCUGUGUUGUAUCUGAUAUAUUCAAUUCAUAUAUAUACGGAUCGCGAAUUAUUUCAAUUAAAAAAUUAUUGCUGCGAUAGCAUUAUAACACUAUCAAGUUUAAAAAAUAUUUUUGAAAUGAAUUUAAGAGCUCUAUUUUCAAAUAUUUUUUUCAGAUCUGCUCCAAAGCUUGCAAAUAAUUUGCCAAAAAAAUGCUUGCUUAUAUCUGGAUGUGAUUCUGGGUUGGGCUUUAAUUUGUCAUUAUUUUGUUCAAAAGCAUUAAAAAUUACCGUAGUAUCCGGCUGCCUUAGCAUAAAUUCGGAUGGUGCCAAGUUAUUAAAAAGGGAAAAAAAUAUUAUACCAAUUGAACUAGACUUAUUGAAUCCUGAAACAGUUCAAAACGCAUUUCAUACGAUAAAUGGAUUAGUAUUAAAUGGGUAUCAAUUAUCAGCCAUAGUUAAUAAUGCUGGUAUAAUGUGUUUUGGAGAAUUUGAAUGGCAAACUCCAGAUAUAUUUGAAUCACAAAUCAAUGUUAAUCUUCUAGGGACCAUGAAACUAACGCACAAAUUUCUUCCCCUAAUAAGAACUCAAAAAGGAAGAAUAAUUAAUAUAACAAGUCACUGUGGAUUUCACAGUUUGCCCAGCUUAAGUGCUUACUCGGCUUCAAAAAGCGGUCUUAAGUCAUGGAAUGAUGCUUUACGAAUGGAAAUGUCAAAAUAUGGGGUCAAAGUAAUAAACUUCGUACCAGGGUCGUUUAUAAUGUUAAGUAAUAUCACUGCUAAACAAUGCAUCUAUGCAAGCAUUAUGAGGGAUAAAUUUAAUGAUGAACAAACUAUAUUUUACGGAAGAUAUUUUGAACAGUAUAACGAUUAUCUACGAAGUUUAUCAAAAUGUAAAGCUCCGUGUGAAAUAGCUGAUAACAUUUUAUACAAAAAGUUUCAAAAGGCUUUGCUUUCUGAAAAUCCAAAAACGAUUUACAUCCAUGAACCGUGGAGGUACAAAAUUUAUUACUUUUUGUUUAAGAUCUUCCCUGUAAGAAUUGUUGACUGGUUGACACAAAAAUUUGUUUCCAUGCCAAAAUAUAUACCAAAGGUUAAUAAUUAACUUGUUUCCUUUUUUUUUACAAACCAACUUGUAACUAAAAUUAAAAUAAAAAUUUGAGUUAGUAUUUUUUAAAAAAUUAAGUAAAACCAAAAAUGACUUUAAUUUUAGUGAACCAUAAAUUCGGAAUGACUUUUAUUAUUUUGCCA